UUAUCUAAAAUUGGAACCACCACUUAUCUUCUAAUCAGAGCAGAAACUUGACUCAGAUUGACUGCUAUCCCUCUAAAGCUCCAGUUGUGUUUUAUAUCAUACAGAAUGUUAGUUAUUCUAACUACGACUUUUAUUUUAUCAUUGGGGGCAGUUCUCGGAAAACCAUUAGAUUCACACAAGGACAACCUUGAUAUCAUCAAUGGAAAUUUCACAACCAUUAAAAAGCACCCUAUUAAUGUGGCAUUCCUGAUUGAGAAUAAUCUCUGGGGCGCAGGUGUUAUACUCAACAAAAAUUGGAUUCUUACUACUGCUUUCAACUGCUACUGGGUGGACACUACUUUCAUCUCAAUCAGGGUAGGGAGCACCAACUGGACUCAGGGUGGAACAGUGUUCCAAGCAGAAAAGUGCAUCCUGCACCCACAAUACAAAGGCGCAUGGGACUACAACAUUGCCUUGCUCAAGAUCAGUGGUUCUAUUCCUUUAAGUAAAAAGAACAAAGUUGCAAAAGCUGCAAAGCUGCCAAAAAGUUCUAUUGACUCAUACAACAAUGAAACGUUCCAAGUUUCAGGAUGGGGUGUUGGUUCAUCCUCUUACCAAAUGGAGACCCAACUUCAGACAGCGGACCAAACAAUCUGGAGCAAUGUAAGCUGCAACACAGUUUAUAACAUGAGCAGCACAAGUUUCUGUGCCUUCAAUGCCAACGGUGGGCCUUGUGUGUUUGACUUUGGAGCUCCUCUGAACAAAAACAAACAAGUAUUGGGUAUAUACCAGGGUUCUCAAAAUUGCACCAACCCAAAAUUAUAUCCAGCGCUUUAUACUGAUGUUUAUCAGUUCAACUCUUGGAUCAAAACAACAAUACAAAAUAAUGGAGGCAGUCUGAAUGAAGAUGAAGAUGAAUAUGUGGAUGAUACACAUUUCUAAACAAACCUUGUGAAUUAAAAUACCAUAUUGAUUUUAUAAUUAAAUCUCUUUAAGUUUA